GAAGAUUGACUACUAAUUGUAGCAGUCUAGUUAGCUAAAAACUAUAUCAUGUCGAUGCAAGUCUUAAUACAGUCAAAAAAGUACAUAAAACCCGCAACUCCAACUCCUCAAACCCUUGGUUGCUACAAAAUAAGUUGCCUUGACGAGCAGGCUCCUGCCACGAAUAUAAGCAUUGUUCUAUUCUUCUCCAUCAACAGCGAUCAGAAUCCCAAGUUUGUUGCAAAGCUAGAAAAAUCGCUUGAAAGAAUCUUACCGAGUUUCUACCCUCUUGCUGGUAGGUAUCUGGAAGAGAUUCAUGUGAUUGAAUGUAAAGACCAGGGUGUUGAGUUUAUACAAGCUAAAGCCAACACCAAACUUCAAGAUUUCAUUGUUGAUAGUGAAACGAAUGUAAAGCUGGUUGAUGACUUAAUUCCAUUUGUGGUUGGGGCCGUAGAUCAAGUCACUGACCCAAUUCUUGGGAUUCAAGCGACCACAUUUGAAUGUGGAGGAUUAGCACUUGGUGUGAGCAUGUCACAUAGGAUUGCUGAUGCUUCCACUCUUUGUACGUUUUUGAAUAAAUGGGCUGCUACAAGCCGAGAAGAAAAUCAAGUUGUGACGAUGGGAUUUAACUCAUCCAAGUUCUUUCCUGGUCGUGGCCUAACACCAUCUUUACGCCAAAGAGUUCCAAGGUCAAAAAAUGAUGAUGCACAUGUGCUUCUGCGUGGCAAGUACACCACAAAGAAACUUUCAUUCAGCGAUAGUGAUAUAUCACACUUGAAAAACAAGAUCGGGCUCAAUGAAAGAAAUGCCCAAUACUGGUCGAAGGUACAGUUAGUGUCGGCAGUCAUCUGGAAAGCUCUUAUUGAAGUUGAUCAACGAACGACAACAGAUGGUCAUCCAAGAGAUGCUAUUAUUAACCGUCCAAUAAACUUGAGGAGAAAAGACGUAUGCUUAAUUCCCAAAGACUCUUGUGGGAAUCUUUAUGGUUUAGUAUGGACGGAAUGGAAAAAUACCAGCGUCAAAACUACUAGAGCACUAGGCGAUCUCUUAAGAGAUGAUGUUACGAAUUUCGUAAAUUACUACUUGGAGUUAAGACAUGAUAUUGAGAAAGUGCAAACCAUGGUUAUGAAUUCUUUAUCAAGGAAGGCCACGAACACCGCAAGUUUGCACUGUAUAAGCAGCUGGUGUAAUUUCCCUUUCUAUGAGGCUGACUAUGGAUUUGGAAAGCCUGUUCAGGUUAGCAGCGGCAGCUUAAACAUACCUGUGAAAAAUCUAGUAUGGUUACUCGAUGGCGUUGGAGGGAAGGGGGUCGAUGCGUACCUAAGUAUGGAACAAGAAGACAUACCAUUUCUCGAAGAAGCUGUCCGUAUCAAAGAUUUUGUUGCUUAAAGCAACUACUUAGUUUGCAGUGUCUGUAUAGAUGGAUAAGAAAUGUAACUUGAAAGACAGUGGUCAUAACAGUUUAUCCGAUGUAGACACUACAAAAAAUUAUUUCAA